CGCCGAAGCAACAGCAGCGAAGGAGGAAAAAUGUCGCUGGCUUCGACGCGGACCGUUCUAGGAUCAGUGUCCUUUUAGGAGAAACCAGACGGCAAAUCGAAUUCUGCUGUGGUGUUGCCAUGAGAGAUUCUAAGCUUUAUGAAACUGUACAAAGACUGUGAAAAGUUCCAGCAGUUUCAAUGUGGGGGGUUUUACCUUGUCUAUAGAGAGAGAGUCAACCAUUUAAAAAAGAGAAAGGUAUACGGUAACACUACAUGGGCCUCUAAGGUGAUCUGAUCUGAUAAUUGCAGCCUCUGGAGCCUUCUCCAUCAGCUAGAUAGGUAAAAUUUCAGCAAGGUCAUGGACCCAUCUACAGGGAUGGUGGGUCUGGAUGCCCAGGGGAACAUGGUUUUCACUGUCGUAAAGCCAGUUAUGGGCAUUUUUCAGGUGUCUUCAGAGCAAACUGGCAGUGUAGCACAAGGGGGCAUGGGUCUACAAGGCUUAUCUGAAAACACAUUGGUCCUCCCUCAAGUGCAAGACCAGGCUCCGCUAGAUCAGAACCAGAUGGACAUGCACAGCAUUCAGCCUCAUAUUCAGCCCCAGAUGCAGGUUUCUGCCCAGACGGAGGAUGUGUCUCAGAAUCAGGAGCUGCAACCAAACUCAAGCACAAAUUCAGAGUCCAGUACCCAGAUGCCAUUUGCAGAGGUGUCCUCACUCCUGGAUCCCAACAUGAAAGGCUCUAAGGCUCGGAAAUAUCUCAUCUCCUACGAUGAAAUUAAACGGCGCCUGCAGGCCCCAGAGAAGAUGUCCCUGCGCUCCUUGGCAGCGUACACUCGGGUCAGCAGAGGCCCAGCCAGCAAGAAAACACUUCUGGAGUCUCUUAAUGUACUCGGCCUCACACCAAGCACAACUACCUCUGUAUCCUCCUCGUUCUCCAAACUCACCGAAGGCGACACGAGGGCUUUGUGUGACGAUAUGAAGGAUUUUGCCCAUGACUACAUUGACUACAGCAACAUGGCUAAACAGCUCAUCCCAGAGACAAAUACAGUUCAACACUGGUCCAAAAUUAUUGAAACUAAGAACCACCUGGAGGAUAUGAGAAAAUGUUUCAAGGACCCAGACAACAGUGGUGCGUUUGACAGCGUCACUCAUGGCCUCGGUCUGGGAAUGUUAGAUGUUGCACUGGACAUGAUCAUUAUGGUAAUUGAACAGCAGAUUCGCAUCCUGUCUGGUGCAGCAGCAUCAGACCCAACUGACUCUGGUCCGCCAAUGCGGCGUAUCCGCAGGCGCCACCGCAAGACCCACUCAGCUGACAUGGACAAGUGUCACAAGGUGUCUGGAGGGCUCAAAGAGCAAGGGAAGGUCAUUUCAAAAGGCAAGGCGCGAGGCAAAGCCAGGAAGAAAAUGAGACAGGAAACUGGAGCUGGUGGUCCUGUGGAAACUCAAGCAGAGCAAUGCAAGCCAGAUGACAUGGAGGAUAACGUCCUUACCCUGGUUUCUGUGGGAUAUGAGACUGUUUCCAGUGGUCUCAGUGCAGCCGGAACUGUGUGAGUCCUGGUCACAUGACAGGUCUAAAGAACAAAUCAUAGUCCCAUUCAAAGGGACAAGCCGAGCUGGGUGGAGCUUCUGUGAAGGCAGUCACAGCUGUGGUGAGCUCUGCAUAACGUCAUAUGUGACAUCUCUGAGUCCACCUUAAGGGAAUAGUUUGACAUUUUGGGAACUACACAUUAUCGCUUUCUAGCUGAGAGUUAGAUGAGGAGUUUGAUACCGAUCUAACGGCUGUAUGGUAAACAGGUAGCUGGAGCCAGCAGGCGAGGCAUGAGAACGCGAUCAAUCUUCUCUUCAAACAGUUGGCAAGAAAGCGAUUAAGCACAUUUCCCAAAAUGUUGAACUGUUUCUUCAAGUGAAUCCUCUGUUUCUUUAGUAGCAGGUUUCAUAAGCAUUUAGAUGUCUAAACUGAAUCCUACCAUAUAUUAUUUUUUCAUGCUAGAUUUUUAGUGAACAGACAAAACCAGUGGAAAGACAUUGAAGAGGUCUGCAUUAUAUUUUUUUGCUGGUGUUACAGUGUCUCCUGUUGUAUUUAUUGUCUAGAUCUCCAGUUCUGUUGUUCUGUACUAGAGUAAUGAAAUUAAUUUUCUGUUUUUACUGGAACCUCAAGAUCUGAGUAAAAUAUAGAGAUUUAAUUUUCAUAAGUACUUGAGUCUGUGAUUGUGUUGUGGUAGGUGUCAUAAACGGAGCAAGCUUAGUUUGAACUUAUUGAUCACUGAGUAAAAAGGGA